GCCAGGAGAUCAGCUGCAGCAGUAGUGCACCUCACAGCGAGCUCUAGGAUGGUUCAAGCUGUGACCGCGACCGCCGUGCCGCUGCUGGUAGUGUUCUGCCUGCUGGUGGCUCCCGCCGCAGCCAGCCUCAGCACCCGCUACGACGAGGCUGCUGGCCGCGUCCAGAUACUCUCCCACAAAGAUGGCAACGAAGUGGAAAUCGGCUACAUCCCAAUAAGUAGCGAGCAGCGCUCACAUGCGCCACGUCAUGUGAGAGGCACUAAUGGAGAAUCCUUCUACUUUGGAGACCAUAAAAUCGCCUUCCGGCGCCAAGGACGAGAAGGUCGUUGCCUCAGUGUCCGGCAGUGGGUCAGCACACCCCAGACGGUGCUCACCAGUUGUCAGAACCACUUGACCAGCCACAUCUAUGGCGGGAUCGAGAAGAGAGAGCAAAAGUUUCUCAUCGAGGAUACCAAGUACGAGAACUUCCCGUACAUUACAGACCAAAGCAUACAAGCUGGUAUUGCCGUGCGCUACUGGCUUUUCUCCGACGGCAGAUUCGUCUACGUUCAUUCGAACGUCCCUCUUUUCAUCAACCAGAAUACAAACCAGUCAGUAAAUGCUAUCUGCUUUACUGCUGAGAACAAGUCUCCGUACCCAGCCGAUCGAGCCGACAACCUGCUGGAGUUUGACCUGUGUUCAUUCGAGGACGCCAGGGAGGCCCACGAGUUUGCUGUCCAAAACUACCUAGGCAAGCCGACUGCAAUCCCAGACGACUCCAUGGUGCUGAGUCCCGUUUGGGCUACCUUGGUCCGAUACGGCAAAAACACUAAUGAGGAGUCGGUGCGGAAACUCGCCAACGAGGUGAUUGCCCAUGGUUUCAACAAGAGCCACAUCGAAAUUGAUCAAAAGUGGGAGACCUGUUACGGAAGCCAGACGUUUGACACCACCAAGUUUCCCGACAUAAAGAAGCUCACUGACGAUCUUCACGAUCUGGGGUUCCGUGUAGUGCUGUGGAAUCAUCCCUUUGUGAACAAAGGCUGUGAGCCGUAUUACUCCGAGGCACUGGAGAAAGGCUACUUCGUGACCAACGCGAAUGGUAAAACCGAGACCAAGUUUCAGAAUGAAGUUGCUGGCGCUGUCGACUUCACCAAUCCUGAUGCAGUAUCCUGGUGGACGAACCGACUCUUGGCGCUUCGCAACGAGUCUGGUAUCGACGGAUUCGAGUUCACCGCUGGGGAGGUGGACUACCUGCCGCAGCCGGCCAACAUAGAGCCCAAGGAGGUCAGCCCGAUAGCCUACUCUGACGCAUUCGCGCAGACGAUCGCCCAGUUCGGCUCCAUGGUGUCGAUACAGACGGGUGUGGAGAGCCAGAAGCUGCCCAACUUCUUCCUCAUGGACAUCGUGCUAAACGCCUGGUCGGGCCACGGCGGCUACGACACGCUCAUUCCCAAGCUGCUGCAGAUCAACCUGGUCGGACACCCCUUCGUGUUGCCGGAAAUGAUCGGCGGUUCAGUUCAGAACGGCAAGCCGGCAUCCAGCGAUCUGUUCCUGCGUUGGCUGGAAGCCACAGUCUUCAUGCCUGUUGUGAAAUUUUCCUACACGCCGUGGGACUACGACAACGAGACGCUGGAGAUCGCCCGCAACUUGACUGACCUGCACGCCAAGUACGCGCCGCGCAUCCUGGAGCUGAUGCAGAAGGCGGUGGAGGACGGCACGCCGGUCAACCUGCCCAUCUGGUGGCUCGACCCCACAGACUCCACGGCACAGACCAUCGACUCAGAGUUCCUUCUGGGCGAAGACAUCCUUGUGGCGCCGGUGAUCUACCACAAAAACACCGACCGAGACAUCUACCUGCCCAAGGGCAGCUGGCGGGACGAGGUGGACCCCGAGCACCCCACCAUAGAGGGCCCCACCUGGCUCCGCGACUACCCGGCGCCUCUCAACACGCUGCCCUACUUCACCAGGAUCACCUCGUCAUAGCCGUCACCGUCUGAAUCCCCGAUAUCAUCUUAGAUAUGAAGGCAAUGUUUGGAUAAUAACAACCACAGCCUUUUAAGAAUGUCACGUUGAAGCAUUACAGCUGGAAAAUUAUAUAAUGGCAAAUUUUAAAUACAUGCAUUAGUUGCAGACUA